AUGUAUAUACAAUUGAAAACAGAUAACGUUCUUGAAACUGUUAUCAUCACGAUGGCUAUUUCAUGUAACGACAUAUUACGCGAAGGGUCGGUAACAGAGUUCUCAAAAGACGAUCUAGCAACAUUGUCGUCCAGCACGCCUCAGCAACUGGAGACAUGUUUAUUUAUUCUAGGAAAAAAUGAACUCGAUAAACAAAGAGCUCAAAUAUUAUGGGAGACUAUCAAAACAGUGUACGGUUCGGUCAACGAUAUACCCGAAGAGAACUUGAAACAAUUCGGUUGGCUGAUAUCUGGCAUACCUGUGGCUGAUUUUUCCAACAUUACCGUCACCGAUAUCGAUACAGUAACCAUGCUCGGAUUGUACAGAAAUUUAUCCAAUUAUCAAGUAGACACUUCUGACAUUACAAAAUCUACAAAUUUUCAGCUAGUUGCUCUCAAGCAAACCAUAGACAACCAGUGGAGUCGUAAAACGCCCGAACAACUUACCAGUAUCGAUUUAACCGCUCUCAGGCAAAUCUUAUGCGCAUUCAACGACUCUGAAAUACUGUCAAUUCAUCCAGAUUCUUACAGAGAUGCUGCGGGGGAACUAGCAACAUUGCAAAAUUGUCCUAAAUCAGUUCUCUCUCAAUUGGUUACUUUGGCUAUGGAUGAUGCAGCAUUUGGAUCUCCAUCAAAAUGGAAUUCCAUACAAGUUGCUUCUAUAGGCUGUGUGAUGGCAGGUUUAUCCACAGCAAGUCGUAUACCUCCCGAAUCAAUGGAAGGUAUAACUCCAGAUAUUAUCGAAUGUCUCCCUUCAUCUUUUCUUCAAACAAUGACCUCAAAACAAAUGCAACAUCUGACAACCAACGCAGCCUCUUCCAUAUCCAGUGGCCAAAUGGAAGGUUUAUCUUCUGACCAAAAAGACGCCAUUGAUUUAGCCAUCACCGGACUAAAAUACACCAAACAGAGUUCAUCUGCGACACUUUCAAGUACAAGUACGUAA